AUGGAUUAUGAAGUCAUCGUGUUCACUGGCAGGCUGGGCUUUGCCACAACUUUUGACAAUGUCUACAUUAAGCUGGUGGGCAUAAAUGGAUCGAGCAAACGUAAAUGCCUGUGGAGCUGCAUGCCAUCGUUCUACAGCGGUGCAGUGUCACGUUUUACCGUGUCCAGUCCAGUCCCCCUCGGAGAGCUGCUGCUGAUAGAGAUAGACAAAGAACACCGGUUACUCUUUCCAGACAAAUCUUGGUAUGCUGCCAAGGUGGAAGUGAAUUCCCCUGAGGGAGAUACCUAUCACUUUCCCAUCUACCAGUGGAUCACUGACAGCGAUGUCCACCGCUUCAAAGAGGGAACAGCUCUCAGAGCCUCUCAAGAGAAAAACAGUCUUCUGGCCAAAUACAGUCGGCAGGAGGAGCUGGAGAAGCAACAGCAGGUCUACUGCUGGGAAAAAGAGGGAAUUUCCCACUGCUUGAAGGCUGACAGCAUUCAGUCACUGCCCUACGACAUCCGCUUCUCUCUGACCAAGACUGCAGAGAUGACCUACAUAUCAGCCCAAGUACUGGGACAACUGGGACUGAUGCAAAUCCUUGAGUGGAAAAAGGAGUUUACAUGUAUGGCAGAUAUUAGUCUCCUGUUAGGUCUCCGUAAGAAUAAAACAUCAGAAUAUGUCCAUAAACAUUGGAAGGAGAACGCUUUCUUUGGCUACCAGUUUCUAAACGGUGUGAACCCCAUACUGAUCAGACGCUGCACUGAACUCCCCAAGAACUUCCCUGUGACUGAUGCCAUGGUCCAGCCUUUCUGUCUGGCAGAUGAAAUGAGGAAGGGCAACAUCUUCCUGUGUGACUACAAGCUUUUGGAUGGAGUGCAGGCAAACACCAUCAAUGGGAAGAAGCAGUUCUUGAUGGCCCCCCUCGUUCUGCUCAGGAAAACUGAGGAAACUGACCUGGUGCCAAUUGCCAUUCAGCUGAAGCAGAAACCAACAAAGGACAAUCCGAUCUUUUUACCUACUGACUCUGAGUACGACUGGUUGUUGGCCAAGAUCUUCGUGAGGAGCGCAGAUUUUAAUCUUUAUGAACUCAAUGCUCACCUGCUGCGCACUCACCUGCUGGCUGAGGUUUUUGCUGUGUCACUUCUGCGCAACUUGCCCAUGGUGCAUCCUCUGUACAAGCUUCUCAGACCUCACACUCGUUACACUCUUCAGAUCAACUACUUAGCUCGGGACCUGCUAAUAUCUGAGAGCGGAUCUUUUGCUAAGUUUACAGCUUCUGGCGGAAAGGGUGCUGCUGAAAUCCUGAAGAAAUCACUGGCCUCGCUGACCUACAGCUCCCUCUGUAUCCCAGAUGACAUCAGGGAGCGUGGGCUGACAGAUGUACCAAAAUUCUACUACCGAGAUGAUGGACUGAAGCUUUGGGAGAUCAUCCACAGCUUUGUGGACUCAAUACUCAAACACUACUACAAGACUGAUGCUGAGGUCCAGGAGGACACGGAGGUGCAGAACUGGAUUAAGGAAAUUUUUGAACAUGGAUUCCUUUCACAAGAAAAAUCAGGAAUUCCUCAGGAAUUCUGCACUGUGGGUGAGAUGGUCAAGUUUGUCACCAUGAUGAUCUUCACUUGCUCUGCUCAGCACUCAGCUGUCAACUCUGGACAGUAUGACUUUGGAGGCUGGAUGCCCAACUGUCCUACCUCCUUACAGCUUCCUCCACCAACACAAAAGGGGACAACGAGUGAGAAAACGAUGCUGAGCACAUUCCCCAGUGUUAACACAACAGUGCAUGCCAUGGCCACCUUAUGGCUACUCAGCAAGCAGUCCUCUGACCGUGUCCUUCUUGGCCACUACCCCGAGGAGCAUUUCACUGAGAAGUUUCCUCGCCUGAGAAUAAUAGACUUUCAAGAAGAGCUCAAAAAGCUGAGCGCUGACAUAAAAACCAGAAACAAGAGCCUGGAGCUGCCGUACACAUACCUGGAUCCAAAAGUGGUUGAAAACAGUGUGUCCAUUUGA